AUGCCUAGACACACUGUUACCCCUGAAGAAAGGGCCGAAAGAAGACGAAGAUACAUGAGAGAAUACCAGCGUAAUCGUUGGCAAUCAUUGCAAGUGGAAACAUCCGAAACAGAAACACAACAACGGAAUUCAAUGUCUCAAGCAGAGUAUAUGCGAGAAUAUCAGCGGAAUUGCCUGCAAACUGCAGAAAUGGAAGUGAUAGCAACAGUAGAAGCAGAGAAUAUUAAUACUUCUCAAGUAGUUGAGACAGUAGAAGCAGAGAAUAUUAGUAAUUCUCAUGCAGAGUAUAUGUGGGAGUAUCGACGCAGAUGCCAACUUACAGCUGAAAUAGAAGUAGUUAAGGCAGAAGUAGUGAGAGCACAAGUAAUUCAAGCAGAAGUAGUGGGAACAGAAAUAGUGGGAACAGAAGUAGUGGAGACAGAAGCGGCAGAGACAGAAGAGGAGAACCAUAAUUCUCGAGCAGAAUAUAUGCGUGAGUAUAGAGAGGGUCCUACAUGCGUAUGCGGAUAUUGUGGAGGCCUUUUCUUUCAAAAAGAUAUAUCUUCAGUAAAACGAACCACUCUUACAGGCAAUUGGGGUUGUUCAGAAGAUAUUGUUGAAAAAACCUUUUGGGCAAUUGACAAUCAUAAGAUACCAAGCACUUUCGUUGGUGAAGAUAUUAUAGACAAUAUUUCACUAUGUUCUACCUGUACAACAUCACUUAAGAAAAAAACACUUCCAACUCUUGCUCUCUCUAAUGGUCUCCACUUUCCUGAUCAUGUCUCUAUAUGGACACACAGAGGACUAACUGGGCAGUAUAGAAGUAAAGGCGGUAUUAUCAACGUACCUGUUAAUAUUGAUACAAUGGUUUCCUUACUUCCUCGUAAUCUUGAUGACUCAAAUACAAUUCACUUGAGUUUAGCUUGUAGGAUGCGUUAUAUCAAAGACUAUAUCAAAAGAAAUAUAAGUCCCGCUAAAGUUGCCAAUAAUGAUACUGAAAACGUAGAAGAAGUUGAUAGGGUUGAAGACUUUGAAGGAAAUGAAGAAAGUAGUACCGAACACGAAUCAAUAAACUCUAGUGAGCAGGAAAUGGCUAUAGUUUUAGAUCACGAAGCUCUCAGACUUUCGCCUGGAGAUGGAAGAAUCCCUUUGUCUAUUUUGACUGAUAAAGACAGCGACUUUUUGGCUUUUCCUCAAAUUUUCUGUGGCCAGCAAUUAUCUACUGAUACUCUGACUUACUCUUUCCUGACAAAGUCCAUUGCAAGGAGAUUCAAUUUUCUCCAGAAGAAAACAAAACUCUCCAACAAUGUACCAUACGCUGCAUCUGACUUCUUAAAUAAUGACAGUAUUGAUGGAUUACUCAGUAAAGACCAGGCUUAUAAGACAUUUAGUGGUAUCCGUUCUACUGCAGAAUAUUGGAAAAACAAGAAGAAAAAUCUUUUGGCAAUGCAGAAGCAAGUUGGCCUAAGCUAUUAUGCAUUUUAA